UCGAUACGGCUUACGGUAGUAUAACCGCGACAGUGUUACGGCGUGGAUGUAUGUCCCAAGUCAUUUCGUAUCCGUUUUGACAUCUGCGAUAAUGCAAUAGCUUUAUUUAUAAACAAACAAUUUUGCAUAAUUUGCUCAAAGGUUAUGUGUGUUGUGCCGUUGUUAAAAUUGUACAAUGUCAUUCCAAUCAUAGAAGAAGAAGAUAUUACCUUCUCGAUUAUUAAUGCUAAUUUAUUAAUGAUUCUGAUAAACCGCAUAGUAAAUUAUAUUGAAAUCAGUUUGUAAUUCACCGAGACGAAAAUGUUAUUGAAAACGCGAGUGCAAAUGUUUGACAAGAACGGCCAUCAAAAUCAAUGAACGAUUUAUAAUUAACGGCAAUACUCCAUCUAGACACAACUAUAUCAAGGCUAUAGUGCAUUAGUGUGUAAAUUAAUAGAACAAUGCCUGGCAAGGAUUGCAUUGUGAAGUUACUACACGCAAGUUUAAAAUAGGUAAAAAUAUAAUGUGAACGGUGAACUAAUAAUUAGUGAUGAACAAACGCGGUCGACGAAGUUCGGGGAUGGUAAGGCUGGGGAGGUGUGUAGCGUUCCUGGCUGCUGCAGCAUUCCUGCUGCCAUUUACAAUUCUGCUGAUGGUUGCGGAUCAGCAGUACAACUUCACUUACAACUCCAGACGCGUCUUCUAUCAAGAGAGUGACUUCUAUAAAAUUAACGGAACAUUAAUUGAGCCUAAUACAACACCUUUUUUACGGACCCAGUAUGUUUACGAGAAUGGAUCUCACGACGAAAGUUUAUUGCCGAGAGAAAAGUUCCUGGAGAUCGGAGCAAGAAUGGAUACAAGACGCGAUUACCUGAGGAGCGAAUGUUCUAGACUGGGCCUAGAUGGGUCUGGGCAUAAAGCCUACGCUUGGGAAUACCUCAUCAAUCGACAGUACCACGUCAUCUGGUGUAACAUCUUCAAAGCGGCGUCAACGUCAUGGAUGUACAACUUUAAUUUGAUGGCGAAUUACACGGCGGCGUUCUUGAAUAGAACCAAAGAGGUGCCUUUAGAGUUAGCGAGAAAAAGAUACGCGAGGCCGAACGUAGAGAUGAUAAGGAAGGCGCAGGGAGACUCUAUAACCUUCCUGAUAGUGAGGCAUCCGUUGGAGAGACUUGCCUCGGCGUACAAUGAUAAGAUCGUGCACGCUUGGCCGAAGUCGUUUCACGAUAAAAUGGGACAUCGGAUCAUAAGGAAAUAUAGAAAGGCUAAAGAAUCGAAGCCUGCACCAACGACGCGGUAUCCUGUGUUUGAAGAGUUCGUGUCAUACGUGCUGGAUGAAGCUAAAGCAAAACGUACACUCGACAUGCAUUGGACCCCAUACACCAGCUUCUGUACUCCGUGCAAGUUCAACUUCGAUGUAAUCCUGAAGUUCGAAACCCUAGAUGAGGAUCAGAGGUUUCUUAUCCAAAUGGCACGUCUUCAAGAAGUGAUACGGCCGGAAUGGCGUAACAGUGGUAAAGGGACGAACACUCUUCAUAACAUUAACCAUCUGUAUUCGAGGAUCAGCAAGUCACAACUUGAUGGACUGUUCAACUUGUACAAAUAUGAUUUCCUGCUGUUCAACUAUACAGUUGAGAAUUACUAUGAAAUCGUGCAAUCGGAGGACAGCAUGACGCAUCGCUGAUUAAAUAAUAAUAAUAAACAUGUUUAUGAUGGUGUGAUCAGCAUUCGAACAAUGAAGAGGAACUGGAGAGACUCUUGAGUCGCGCAGGGCAUUAUUAAGAACCAUAGAUAAUUGAUUAUCUUUUAUUAGACGUGGCCGUAAGAGCUAAGUUAGUAAGUAAGCUAACUUCUUACUCUAUCUUAUAAACUCAUAUUAAUUCUUACUUUAUCCAAACCAUAGAAGUUUGAAGAUAUAACGGUUAGAGACUGUGUACUGUAUCUACACAGAUUAGCUGAUAAUGUGUGAUUUGGAUUUUUUUUUUUUUUUUGGUGUUUCCGUUCUUACCAACUAAUUCAAAAUAAGAGGACUAGAAAUUAAUGCCAAAGAAUGUUCAAAUACGUAAUACGUAAUUGAAAAAAAACUUGAAUGAAUUAUUGCAAAUUGAUCCAUAUUAUAAUCAAGCGUCCUUAUAGAUUAGCAAAUUUUUGAGUAAACCUAAUUCCUUAAACAUAACAAUAUACUUGUUCUUUUACUGUGCAAAUAAUACAGUAUCUAACUUAUGAUUAUGGGGGCCAUUUAUGACCGUUAGCAACACUUGCAAAUCACGAUAUAUGAUGAUGAUGGCACUUCGUAUAGUUUUUUUAACCUUUUAUUGGUACAACUAGUUCGUCUCGAAAUUUAGUAUAUAUGUAUUAAUUAUAGUGUACCUCGAAGAUUAAGUUCAAUGAACCUAUUUACGUCAAACAUUGAGAAUCAUAGUUGUACAUUAUGUAGAUUUAUUUUUGUGGUACAUCACUAUAAUGUAUUUUCGAACGAAUUAAUUUUAAGUACCUAAAUAUAUCGAAUUAAAAUGGUGGGCAUUUUCAUUUAUGAGUUAUUAAACAAAAUAAAUAUAACCAAAGUUAAUAUAAAUAAGUGAGACUAAAAAGUAGUAGUAAAAGUAUCAUAAUAAUAUUAGCGAAAGUAAAACGCCUGGUUCUGUUGCCAACUGCACAAUAUUUUAUAGGCACUAGUUAAAGGCUGUUUCCAAUUUAACGUUAAAAAGAAAACUAACUAAUUUGCAUUCACUAAAAUAUAUUUUUGAAUUAAGAAAGGAACAAAAGGAAUAAAGAAAACCAAAAAAAAAUUAUAUUGUGUCCCGGCUUCUCAAUAAAGAAAUCCUAGGUAUAUUUACCUUAUCGUCAGUAUCUGGAUAUCUUAAUUAUCUACUGAGUCGGCAGUAAUUGUAUCUAAGUUAAUAGCAAAUCUAAGAGCCUAAAAACGACCUUAUGCUCUUAGAUUUGAUAAAUUUUAGAUGAAGUAUGAAGUUCAGAUAAUAAUCGGUACACGAGUUGCUAUUAACGGAUGUGUCGGCCGAGUGUCCGCGAAUUUUACUAAUUCAUAUAGUCAUCGGCUGACUCAACUUAGAGCUUAUCGAUAGUUCAGUUGCCGACCCAUCACUAAUCAUUACGGGUAACUCGCAGCGCGUUGUAUAUCUGAUGAAAUAUUUGUAAACUUCUGUAGAUUAAUCACGUGCUUCCGUAGUGUAGAAUAAGCAAGAAGUCCUUAUAUAAUUAGGUACCUACAUAUUAUCUAUAUAAAUAUUUUGGUACGGUAAAUAAGUUUCUUUAUAAUAAUGUAUAAAUAAUUCUAAGCGAUAGGCACAUAGUUUAUUAAAAUCUUAUGCAAACUAAAUUUCUAUCAUUAUACCCAGCUAUUUUGUUGGGUAUACUGCAAAGCAAAGCAAAAAAAAAUUUUGGGAAAUGUAUUAAUUAAUUUUACUGUAAAUCAUAUAUGAGAAUUGUUAUUUGCUAAAUAUAUUUUGUUAUUGAAAAAUCAUAUUUGUAUAAAUACUGUCAUAUUCAGCUGCCCAUGGUGACAUAAAUCUGCAGUGCGCUAGUGGUAAUUCAUGGAUAUCCGAUGUCGUUCGCAGCACUAGUGGUACGUAAUAGAUGUCAAUUUACUAUGAAAGAAUCGGCAGGCAUGUGUGGCCUGGGCUUAUCGUUAUAGACAUGUUUUAUGGCACCUCGGGCAGGGCAUGUUUUGGAUUCAUAGUUGGUAUUUCUAAACCAUUUUGCUAAUUAUUAUUUUCACGCACAAUGUUCUUUUAUAUAUAUUCUAAAUGUAGUUUUUCUGGAACCUUUGUCUAAUAUCUAACAAUAAUAUUGGAAAUUGCCCAUUGACUAUGGCAUUACGGUUUUACCCAGAGGUUUAAGUAGAAAGCAUCGGGGCGCUAGAGACAUAAGUUUACUUGUGUGGUUGUGCGUCGUCAUUUAGCGAUUACCGAUAUCGACACCUAGAAGUAUUAGUAAAUGGUUUGCACUUAUCGAUAAAUGACACCACAUGCAUCUGUCCCUAGCUCACCGAUGAUGUACAGAAACUAUUUUUUAAACAUUUAUUUAUAAUUUUUUAUUAUACAUUUCCGUCUUAUAACCAAGUUAAUGCCAGCUUUGAGACAAGCCUUUUUGUUAUAUUUCCGUUUAGAAAUGUGUGUCUUUUAGACAAAGAUUUUGAUAUAAUUCAAUCACAUUUUUAAGAUAUGUAUUCUUUUAUAAGGUUCAAGAUCCUAGCGGGACCUAUAGUCGUUUUAAAAAAAAGUCUAUUUAUCUUGUAUUUUAAUAACUUAUUAAAUACUUACCUCCUUUUUUUAUCCGUAUAAAUCAUUUUCAAAAUUUAAAUUCAUUUAUCUACUAACUAGUGAUGCGGAUAUUGAUUAUUCGUCAAGUUUCUGGUUAUUGUUACCUAGAUACAGUUAAAUAUUACGAUGUUCAUUAUACUUUAGUACAGUAUUAAAUAUUAUUCUUUAUCAGUAAAAUGAAUGUUAUGUAAUAUACCUUGUUAAGAGUUUAAUCAACUUAUAAUACCUUUACGAUAAUAUUUUUGAGAUUAACUCACGCUAAAGUAAAAUUACAAUACACAUACAGCUGAUAUGUAACUUUGAUGUGUAUAGGUAUGAAGGAAGGAAAAGUCGUUGGUUACUUUUAAAAGGUUUAUAUUAGAGUAAAAUUUACAGCAACACGACAUAAUAAUAGCUAGAGCAUGUUCUUAACUUAAUUCAAAUUUAAGUAAUAUUUAUUAUUCAACCUAGUGUGACUAUGCCUUAACAAAAGGAAGUUUAUGUUAGUAAGUAUAUUUAUUUAUCCGUCGCUCGGCUGAAGGCAAUGUAAGUAAAUAAAUAUACGGUUUUAAUUUGUUAUAAGUAAGUACUGUUAAACUGUAUUGGCUAUUUUUAGUUUGUAAAACAAACUAACACACAUGUUAUCAGAAAAUUGCGUGAAUUCCGGAAAAUGUUAACUUCAAGUUCAUGUUGUGUUUUACUCAGUCUUUAAGUCGAUUUGUUGUUAAUGAACUUAGGUGUUUAAAAUUGUGCAGAGGUAUAUAUAAAAUAUUUAGUAUGUUGGUCCUUUACAUAGGCUGUACGUAUUUAUUAAACUAUCUGUAUGCAUAUUAUUAUAGAUUAGGUAUAUAGCUGGAUGUUAUAAAGAUCUAUAGAUGAUACAUAGUAGUAUGGAGCGAUUAGUAGAUAUAACCAUAGACUUGUAAUAUAUCUAAAAGUUGUCUAUGAAUUUAUAUUGUUAUUUAGAUUUAUAGCUACUUAAUGUCUUUCAUUUUCUUCGAUUACUGUUAAUAGGCAUAUAUUUUAAACUGUUUCAAUUACAUAUUCUAGUACAAUAGAAACUUGAUUAUACGGACCUCAGUUAUACGGACUCGCGAUAAUUCGGUCUACGAACCGCCAUCUUACAUACCUAUUAGUCGAAUGUAUGCAAGCAUGAAAGUGUCGUAACUGGCAUAACACCAUCCUAUGUGAAUGUUACUUGAUGCAACAACAAUAAUAAUAAAACAACAACAAUAGAACUAUCUCAUGAUGAAGCACUUCAUGUCAUGGAAACAACUCUGAAGUUGUUUGAAAAACAAACAGAGCGAUACUGUGAGUUUACUACAGCUAAAACGAAUUCGUGAUGUAGCAGCAAUAAAGUUUUUUUUUUUCAUGGAAGAGGUAAGCAAACGAGCGGACGGGUGUUAAGUGAUCACCGCCGCCCAAAUUCUCUUGCAACGCCAAAGGAAUCACAGGAUCGUUGCCGGCCUUUAAGUAUUUUUUUCCUUUUCAAUAAAAAAAUAAAAAUAACUUCUUAAUAAACAUUUAUUUUUGUGGAUAUACAGUAUUUAUUGUUUUUAAUAAACAUAACAUUACGCCAUAUGCACAACGCCCACUUUUCUUCAUAUAACUUUUCGAUUAUCUCGAAUGUCUCAAGACAACAAUUAGUCCGGUUAAUCGAGUUUGUACUGUAGUUGGGUAUAUACCCCAAGUAACUAACUUAUAUAAGUUUCAUCGACCAAUCGAGUUAUAAGAUUUCUAAAUUAUAUAUAGGUAUAUAUUAUGGCUUAUAUAGAAAACAAAAAAAAUGCAAUCGCAAAACAGUAGAUUUAAUAACCUAAGUGCGUACGAUUGCAAUUUAUUAGAACCGAUAAUGAUAGUAAUGGGUCAUUGAUCGAAAUUCUAAGUUCGCGACUGCAUCAUAGAAUUCAUAAUAAGCUUGUUUAUUUUUAAGUUGUUUCUAUAACAGUGUAAUCCGUUAAUAAAUAAUAACUCGAUGAAUUUAUCUGAAAUUAGGAAGAAAUUACUUACUUGUUUGUGAUACUUUUACUUGAUCUGUACAUAAUUCUUGUAUGUAAAGCAUUAAUUUACAAACACUAUCAUAUCAACUAUUUAAGUUAUAUACCUAAAGCUAAUUUUCGUGGUAAUGAAUUAUUUUAAAAAACUUACAGAAAUUUAUAUAUUUCAUCCUUUAUGGUAAUAUUGGCUUAUAUAUACCACCUGCAAACACAGUAUUUCAAAAUUUUUGAGAUUGAAAAUAUAAUUGAUUAAAACAUAUCAGGUAGCAUAUACUCUCAGGUUAAUUAAAAAUCAAUAGAAUACUUUCAAGAACAAAUUAUGUAGAACGAAUAAAAUGUCUGGUUUUGAAUCGUGAGCUUGAAAAUCGACAAUAGACGAAUAUUUCAUAUUUUACCUUAAACUUGAACUUAAAUCGCUGAUGUGAUAAAGCCGGAACCUGUUAUUGUUUUUUCCGCUUUCCAAAGAUUUUGAUAAUUAAGGUUAAAUUUUAAUGAAUAACACAUUAUAUUUGUAAGAUUAUACUACCUAUAUAAAUUCCUGAAAUCUACUCUAAUGUCAAACACUAGCUGGCCCCGGGACAUUGUGUGUUGUCAAACUUACCAACUUACAAGAGCAACAACUAUAUUUUUAGCUCGACAAGAAGUCUAUUCACCUUCGCUGUGCCACUCAGGAAUUUUGAAAACCCAAAAUUGUAAGCGGCACCCCAGUGACGCUCGUCGCAAUGAGUUGAGAUGUUAAAUACCUUAAGUACCCGUAAUUUCACUGGGAACACCCAUCAAAGUACACUCACAACUAGUGCUUGGCAUCAGAAAAAUGCGUAGCUGUGGUACUCUUGCCGGCAUGCUGAGCAAAGAAACUAACCAGUAAAAAUCAAAUUCAAAUAGUCGCCCCAUAAAAGUGACACCAUCUGUCCGUAGCACAACGCACAUCUGUACGGGACCGGGGGCAACUAGUUUUUGAUAAGUAAGAUAAGUAGUAAAGCUUAUAUCAAUUCAGAGUUGUAAGUAUAGAACUUAUUAGUGUAGCCUCUAAUGUAGUUAAUUGGAAUGAUUAGACCAAAAAGCUAUGGCCUACGCACGUAACUGGAAUGGUGCUAUACUUUUAGAAUUGAUCUCAUAUCAUAUUAUCAUUUAUGAGAGGAGCGUGAUGUUGCUAUAGUAUAGAUAUAUAAUGUAAGGGUCGGUUGUGUUGACGUUCAAGAGUUUAAUUCAUUAGCCGGUAGAGAAAUAAAUACAAGUUGCGCAUUA